UUUAUUGAAUGAUACUACUGUCACUUCAUGCUUAUUUUUAAUGAAAGCUUGACUAUUUAUUGCGCUGAGGAGAUGCUGCUACACUUGCUGGUGUCUUGAAAAAGACUCUACCUCUUUGACCUAAAAAUUGUCUUCUUUUCUCUGUUCAAUCUACUGAGGAUUGGAUGGCAUUUUCCAGAUCUUUAUAAGCAAGUUGUUCUAAUCUCUGGCUGUUUCUUAAUCUUUCUAAUAUUUCUUUUUCUUCUUUCUCCAUAGCACUAAUCUCUCUACUAACUUGUUCUGAUAUCUUUUGCUGGUCUUCUAGUCUCAUCGAGUAAUGUAUUUGACAUUGCUUCUUCCUGUCUUCAUUUCUAUUUGCGUAGCUUUUGCUGAACUCUAUUUUCUUCAAGUCGUAUUCUAUCUCUUUUAAUUCUAUUUUCUUUCAUUUCCUUCUUCUUUCAUUUGUUUUUAUACAAGAGUGCAAAAUUUGUUUCAUCCCUACAUUGAUGAUAACUUUUCACCCGGUCAGCAAGGUUCUGCUGCCACUUGCUUCGAUAUGUAAGCUUGUUUAGCUCCCUGACUUUUCUGACUCUGGCUUGCUUUCUUUGAGUCUGCAAUAUAUCUUGUUUCUCUUUAUGCAUUCUGUCUUUAAAUCUUUUCUGGUUUCUUUCUCUUAUUUCGAGAAUAGUCUGAGCUUUAUGUUUAGUUUUCUUGAUCUUAUUGGUUAAUUUCUCUUCCUCUUUCUUCAGCAUGAUUAGUCUAUUACUAAGGAGUACCCUAUCAUGAAGCAGAAAUGAGUUUUCUUUCUUAACAUCUAGUAAAGAGAGAGAAUUCUUUCCAGAAAGAGCUUGAUCUUCUUGGCUAAAAUCUCGAGGAGUUGGCUUUAGAGUAGUGUUAUUCUGCUUGUUUUAUGAGGCCCGAUUGACGAAGGAUUAGAACCUUUUCGGAACUUAUUUAGGCGAAGACAUGUCUUUUCUGUGGUCAGAGCCUGAGCUAGGAAGAGAUUGACGUGAUUUUGGAGAUUGUGAGGAGUUCAUUUUAA